AUGGAUAGCCCCUUUCAACAAUUUUUGGAUUCGAGGGGAAUACAACGAGUCAGACGAAAACACAGACUACUGUCUAGCUCAAUUCGAAGUAGGGCCACCAGUGAAGGAAAUAUCCGAAUCAAUACAAUCGUAAGUAAUAUAAGAAACGAAAAUGAAGUUCAAUUAUCAGGUUCAGAUAAUGAAGAAGUGAUUGAAGAUGAACCUUUGGGUAUUAUUCAGAUUAGUAAUGAUGUUGAAGAAAGCUUUGAUGAUUUUUAUAACACGAGACGAGAAAGUUUUGGAGGUCGGAAUGUGGUAAUUACCAGUGAUGAAGAACUAGAUAAGUCAUUUGAGUAUGUAUCUGGGAUGUCGAAUUCUUCUGUGUCAUCAGAAUCAUCUUCUGCAGAUUUCACUAUUAAUGAAUCAGACAAGUUUGAGUUCAAAGUUAAAUCAACUGAAUUUAAUGAUGAAGAGUAUUGUACAAUUGAUAAUUCGGAUUUUUCACGGAUUCUUUAUAAAUCACCAUCAGAGAAAUUUUCAAAUUCUUUAAAAUUGAAACAUUUUGGUAUUAAGAAAAUAUUUGCUGAUGAUUUUAGAAAGUUCAAGAACAAUUUAUCUACAGUUAUUUCGGAUGGGGUUAAUGAUUUUUUAGUGUUGGCAUUAAAUUCAGAAUUAGUAUUCUUGACUUUUGAUAAAAUGACACAUCUUCCAUCUACACAAUUGUUGAGACUUGACACUAGUCCGCCAUUUACUUCUAGUACUGAUCGGUUGAUUUCAACAUGGCCGUAUUUUCCACACACGAUAAAUUUCAUCAAAUCGGGGAUGUUCAAUGGUGAACAAACAUUGGCGGCUUGUACCGAUGAUGGAACAUUACUAAUGUGGUAUAGUAAAACAAUAAUGGCAUUGAUUAGUGAGUUUGAAAAGCAGCAUAAGCAUGAUAAUGAUCAUGAUAGUGCUAUUGCAAGUGCAUCUGCCACCAACACAUCUGCCACUGUUAUUAAACCUGAUUUUCAAAUUAAAAUGGAGGCAUCUUUAUGGGGAUUAGAUUUUAAAACUUAUAAUGGUCAUAAUAUCAUUGUUGCAUCAGAUAAUUCUCAAAGUGUUGUUCUAUUGUACUAUCAUUCUGUUGACGAAAGAUUUUAUCAUGUCAAAUCGCAUCAAAUUCUCCACAAUAUACCAGAAGUUUCUAUAGUUUCAUGUAAGGAAUGUGAUGGAGAACAUGUCGUUGAAGUUUCAUGCGUGUCAAUAUCGGGGGAAAUAAUUAUAUUUGAGUUUAAAUUUUCCUUUAACGAAGGACCGCUUAAUAAAGAGGAUUUUGAAUAUUUCAAGAAGGAAUUGUAUUAUUACGUUGAUAGCACAAUGGAGCGAUUGGAAAAUCGAAAUGGUAUUGAACCAAAUGAGUUAUCAAUUCUUAAACUGAAAAAGUUUGGUCGACUUAAUUUUGAGGAGCCAUUAGGUAUUUCAAGAAUUGUCUUGAAUGAGGAUUGCUGGACAAUCAAGCCAUUGGAUUCGAGAUGGUUUCUCCCAGUUGGAUCAAUUAAAGAUGUGUUUGGUGACUGCAAAAUAGACGAAACGAAUGAAUUGAAGAGAAUAGAAAAAGAAUCCAGAAUUUUAGGUAAGCCUAGUGGUAUUUUUCAAUAUUUUCAAAGCAAGACUGUUAGUUUUGAACAAGCAAGUGAAGAGAGUUAUCGAAAUGCAAAAUUAACCAACGUUGAUGAUGAAUAUAGGAGAGUACACAAGGAGUUUAUUAAUGGGUCAACUAAUGAGUUAUUAUUGGUUUCAACGGCCAGAAAGCUUGCUUUGUUUAGAUUUCCAUCUUUAUUUUGUAACUGCUCAACUCCUAAAGUAUUUGAUUUGCCUAUACCAUUCAAUGAUGAAAGUAAGUUUACCAACAGAAUGUCUAUUACUCAUCUUAUACCAGAAUUGCUGUGCUUUAUUGCGGUGACUCAACAAGGAUUAGUGACAGUUAUGAGACUAUGUUCUUAUAAAGGAAUCUACGGCAUGAGACAAGAGUAUAUAUUUCCAAAUGCAAUGAGCUUAUCUUUAGGUUAUCAUGGAUAUAGAACCAUCAUUGGGUUGAGUGUGAGGAAAAGAACAGUUGAUAUUCCUUGUUAUCACUUGUAUAUAAGUUAUAAUGAUGGUUUGGUCAUUGGGUAUCAACUUUCUCUAUAA